GAGCCGAAAGAUCUUUACCACCCGGCUCCUCUCCAAUGGCGGAUCACUAAGGGGGUUCGGAAAAUGUGGGGUCGAAGUCGCGGCUGUUCCUCGCGCGUCGUCCUCGCUCUGUUCGCGCUCUGUUUCCUGGGCGCUGCCGCGGUCGGCGUCGUCGGCGGCGGCGGCGGCACCGAGUUCGACUUCGGGACGCUGACGCUGAGCAGCCUCAAGCUCAUCGGCGACGCCCACCUCGGCAACGGCAGCGUGCGGCUCACGCGCGACCUCGCCGUACCCAACUCCGGCGCCGGGAGGGCCCUGUACUCGAAGCCCGUGCGAUUCCGGCAGCCCGGGGCCGGCCCCCCGGCGAGCUUCUCCACCUUCUUCUCCUUCUCCGUCACCAACCUCAACCCCUCCUCCAUCGGCGGCGGCCUCGCCUUCCUCAUCUCCCCCGACGACGACUCCCUGGGCGGAGGCGGCGCGUACCUCGGCCUCCUCGGCGGCGCGUCCCCCGCCGGCUUCGUGGCGGUGGAGUUCGACACCCUCAUGGACGUCGGGUUCGGGGACAUCAACGGCAACCACGUGGGCCUGGAUCUGAACAGCAUGGUGUCGGCGCAGGUCGGCGAUUUGGGCGCGAUCGACGUCGAUCUCAAGAGCGGCGACUUGAUCAAUGCGUGGGUCGUCUUCGAUGGGUCGACUGGCGUCCUGAACGUGUCCGUUUCGUACUCGAAUCUGAAGCCCAAAGACCCGAUUCUGUCCAUGAAUCUCGAUCUCACCCAGUACGUGAACGACUUCAUGUACGUCGGCUUCUCCGGGUCGACUCAGGGGAGCACCGAGAUUCACAGCAUUGAGUGGUGGAGCUUCAGCUCCUCCUUCGAGUCGCCCUCGCAGCCGCCUCCGCCGGCGCCCACCGCCACUUUGAUGAACCCGACGGCAAAUUCCGUCACGUCGCCGCCGCCCUCGGUAGCCCCUUCGGGGUCCGAUGCUCCGCGGAAGGAGAGCAAUAAGGCGCCCUCUACGUCCUGCCACAAUCAGCUCUGCAAGCAAGGUCCAGGGGCCGUCGCCGGCGUCGUCACCGCCGGCGCCUUCUUCCUAGCUCUAUUCGCCGGGGCUCUCAUAUGGGUGUACAACAAGAAGGUCAAGCGGGCGAACAAGUCGGAGUCCCUCGCCGCGGAUAUCAUCAAGAUGCCGAAGGAGUUCAGCUACCGGGAGCUAAAAUCCGCCACCAAAUGCUUCAACGCUAACCGGAUCAUCGGCCACGGCGCGUUCGGGACGGUCUACAAGGGCGUAUUGCCGGGGAACGGCGACAUUAUCGCGGUGAAGAGAUGUAGCCACAACACGCAAGGGAAGAACGAGUUCUUCUCCGAGCUGUCGAUCAUCGGCACGCUCCGGCAUCGCAAUCUCGUCCGCCUCCAAGGAUGGUGCCACGAGAAGGGCGAAAUUCUAUUGGUGUACGAUCUGAUGCCGAACGGUAGCUUGGACAAGGCGCUGUUCGAGGCGAGGUGGCCCUUGCCGUGGCCGCACCGGCGGAAGAUCUUACUAGGAGUGGCCUCGGCGCUGGCCUACUUGCAUCAGGAGUGCGAAAACCAAGUGAUCCAUAGAGAUGUCAAGACUAGCAACAUAAUGCUGGACGAAGGGUUCAAUGCCAAGUUAGGGGACUUCGGACUAGCUAGGCAAGUCGAGCACGACAAGUCGCCGGACGCCACGGUGGCGGCCGGGACGAUGGGCUAUUUGGCGCCGGAGUAUCUCUUGACCGGGAGAGCUAGCGAGAAGACCGACGUGUUCAGCUACGGGGCGGUGGUCCUCGAGGUGGCCAGCGGGAGGAGGCCGAUCGAGAAGGACACCAAUGGGGCCGGCAAGGUCGGGACGAGCAGCAAUCUGGUGGAGUGGGUUUGGAGCCUGCACCGGGAAGGGAAGCUGCUGACGGCGGCCGACCCGAGGCUCGACGGAGAGUUCGAUGAGGGCGAGAUGGUGAGGGUGCUGCUGGUCGGGCUGGCCUGCUCGCACCCCGACCCGGUGGCCCGGCCCGCGAUGCGGAGCGUGGUCCAGAUGCUGGUGGGCGAGGCCGAAGUGCCCAUCGUCCCGAGGACCAAACCCUCCAUGAGCUUCAGCACCUCGCACCUCCUGCUGAGCUUGCAGGACAGCGUCUCGGACUGCAACGACAUGGUCGCCAUCUCGACAUCGUCCUCGGAGGGCGACUACCGCGGCGGCAACGAGAUCGUUUGAUAGACGGGAGGUGGGUUUUUUUUGGGUAGAUCGAAUUCCACGUAUUCUACGACUCGGUACAUAUAACAUAUAUAUUCGAUUCAUUUGUUCAUGUACUAGGCAUGGUAAUAAACAUGUAACAUGAGGAUAUCUAUUUAGGGGGGUGCUUGAAAGGUUCAUGUUUUGCCACUCUUUUCUUAGCGAGAGGGAAGCACUGUAGUCCAAUUGGUGCACAUAGGAAUGGGUGGGAGUCAUUUUCUUCUUUAAUUUUUUUUUGUGCUUUUUAUUUUUUUAUUUUUUGGCAUUUGGUUUGGGGCAUUGAAGGAUGGGGCUUUGUACUCUUGUGGAGAGGUGGGAUGUUGCUUUCGCAAGUAAUGCCCCCCCUAUAAGGUCAAAAGAUAGCGUUUGAGUAAGAGGUCCGGUAAAGUAUAGUGACGGGUGACAAAACAAAGAGAGCUUAAAUUACUACCUUUCCUUCUAAUUUAAUUUUGUAGUGACCAUAUUGUGGCUGGUGGAGACAGAGAAAGGAACCGAUGAAGUCAAAUGCAUGGACAAAAUUUUCCUAUCAUGCUGCUGCUUAAUUUGAUUAUCCUUAUAGUUUGUACCUUUCGGAUGUGGAUUAGUCUCGUGGGUGAGUUGUCGUGUUGUGGGAAUUAUCCAUUAAAUAAAUGUCGUAUUCGGUCGUUGCCCA